GGAGAGACAAAAAUACAGUUUGGUGAUUAUUUCUUGCCUUCACCUUCUCGCUGUCGCUAGGGGAUGCUAAAAAUGCAUAAAGUUGAAGUGGGCGGUAGACGUACUACAACAAUGCGAGGGAGAAUCCGACCUGCAUAUCUGCCAUUUGAGCAAGCUCGCGAGGAAGCACGAAAGCUCGGGUUCCGCAAGUGUUCAUUGUGGUGGCAAUGGCAUAAGGAAAAUCAGCCUCCGGGUUUGCCUUCGACCCCACAUCGCGUUUACGCAAAAGAAGGAUGGAGGGGAUUCCCCGACUUUCUUGGCUACACGCUUUCGCGAAAAAGACAGCGUCCUCUGCCACCACCGGGAGAGCACGGUCGAAAUCGUUUUUUGCAGCGAGUGGAAGCAAUGGACUUCGUUCAGAACGAAGUGAGGAAAACGAAUGCAGCAGCGUCGAAUGCGAAUGCCAACUCUGUGGUCGAUUUGAAGCUUCUGCCAUUCAAUUGCUCUGCGUCGUUUCUGUUCCGCCCUCGUAGUAUCACUAAGCCGGAGAACGAGAAGGGCAAGCGAGCAGAACCGCAAAGCGACUUGUGGAUGCCGAUACUACUGCGUUCAUCGAAAGAUGCGCAGGUCGUUUCAGUUCGAUCAAAAUGUUGCAUCACAGACCGGGGCGCUCCCGAUGAUCGAGUCGACACCCCCGUUGUCACUGCGCAACAUCCAUCUCACGGUUAUCGAUUUUGGCGAUGCAAUUGGUUCAAGCGCCACUCUCAUCCAGAGCCGUGCGGUCCGUUAGUAUGCGUGGCAGCGCGGCAACAGAAAAUGUUUCUGUUUGACACGACCGUCGUCGGUGGACUACCGAUAAGAUUUAUUCUUCCCUCUUCUGCAGCUGUCAAGAGCAGAUCGCUGAACACCUUCCUGUUGGAGCAGUGGAAUCUGCAUGCGGAAAAGCGACGACCGUUUGGGGAGUGGCUGAUUGAAUUGUCAUCCAGCACGUAUGAUACUGCAAUACACGAUGGAAUAGUCACGUUACGGAAACUCCUCUACGAUCAGCUCCGGUACGAUUUUUCUUUUUGUCCAAAUGAGCAGCAGUCCGGACCAAGUGUUUGCAAUGCUUACGUUGGAGCUUUUCGAACCGUACACCGAAGGGCGCACUCGUUCGUGCGAGGCAGCCGUGCCGGCGCCGGGCUAAAGGUGCUCCUUGCUACUCCGCGGCGAGAUGGAAUCGUGUUUAGCGGACUCGGAAGGAAUAUCGACCUACUUGAUUUUCUCAUCGUAUUCCACGGCCCGAGUGCACAAAGCCAACUGGUCAAUGGCGUUUUCAUCAUUCCACGAGAAAUCCUAUUUGCAAAUUUGGGGCAGCGGGCAGAAUCUUUUUUGUCUUCGUUAAUGGUAUAUCCUCCGUCGGUUACGCCGAAGCUGGUAAUUGCACGCAAGGCGCAGCGAUGGCAAAUACCGUUUUACGUUGAUCUAUCGGGCAUCGAAACGGAUAAAGCAAAGGCCGCAAGAGCACUAGCGCAGGCUCAAAAUAUUUUUGACAGGUUUGGAAGGAUUCCUCUGGCGCCCGUCGCGACCAGUGAUGAAACUCGUGAUAGACAAGAACCAUCGGGAAAUACCUCUAGUACUUAAAUGCUACUCCUUGUCUCAUUUGAUUCAUGUAGCGAGGACGUCUCCCUGUCCCUGCUUUUGUUCUGAUGACUCUGAGAUAGAGAUUAUCCGUUGUUGUCUUGAAAACAAUGCGAAUGCGAGAAUCAGCGAGCGCAAUCGAGAAAUUUUGUAUAGAAGAGCGCCUCUAUUUUGAGAGCGAGUUGGAAACUAAUCGCUCUAAGUUACGAUGAAGAUUUAGAUUAAUCUACUUAAUACGUGCCACACCCUCAGAAUGGCUGGUUUGGCCCUUGCGGACGCGUGGGGGUCCCAGACCUCGUCCAUUGCAACAAUUCGCCAGGCCGUGCAGCGUACUCACGGUUUGAGAGGUGGUCGGCGGAAAGUCUAUUUACCGUUUGUACAGGCCCGCGAAAAUGUUCGCAAAGCCGAACUCGGUAGCGCAGAAGCGUGGUG